GGUGUCAUUCUUGCACAUUUAGUUGAACGUUCAUUCAAUUCACUGCAAGUUUUGUAUUUGUGUCGCUCUCAUUGGUUUUAAAUAAGCCAUAAACAAUGGGAAAUAAAUCGUCACUUUUCCUGCGGCACGAAGAAAUUGCCCAAAUACAGAAUGAAACCGGCUUUACACCAAAUCAAAUUGAACGCCUGUACUCGCGAUUCACAUCGCUGGAUCGCAACGACUGCGGAACGCUCUCCCGGGAGGAUCUGAUGCGUAUACCGGAGCUGGCGAUCAAUCCACUUUGCGAGCGCAUUGUCCACUCGUUCUUUGCCGAGAGCACCGAUGAUCGCGUCAACUUCCGGCAAUUUAUGAAUGUGCUGGCCCAUUUCCGGCCACUGCGGGACAACAAGCAGAGCAAGCUGAACAGUCGGGAGGAGAAACUGAAGUUUGCCUUUAAGAUGUAUGAUCUGGACGAUGAUGGUGUCAUUAGCAGGGAUGAGUUGCUAUCCAUUUUGCACAUGAUGGUGGGAGCAAACAUUAGUCAGGAUCAGCUGAUGAGCAUUGCGGAGCGCACAAUUCUGGAGGCCGAUCUCGGCUGUCAGGGCAAGAUAUCAUUCGAGGAUUUCAGCAAAGCGCUGGAGCGCACCGAUGUCGAUCAGAAGAUGUCCAUACGGUUCCUUAACUAGAGCCAGCCCCCAAUGUGUAGGAAAAACUUUUUAGUCACUGUGUACCAAAUAGUUUAGUCGAAAUAAUGUGAAGAAUAUUGUAUAGUUUAUGAUCAUUGUAUUGAUCUAUGGAUAUGUUUGCAGAUAUUAUUAUAAUUGUUGCUUGCUUUUACGCUAGUUUUACUUGCAGUGUAUUGUAUUAAAUUAUAGAUUGCCGCUUUCAUUCCGUUCUAACACGAAA